AUGCCCCUCGUCUUCACCAGUCCGCCGUUUACGACUUAUGAGUCCCUUUUACUAACUACGUCGUUUGCCCUCAUCUAUGUUGGCUCGCUAUAUGUUUCCAAGCAUGGCAGGUUGUCAUUUGUGGCCAAAGUUGUGCCUCCCCAGCGAGACGGUGAGGAGCGGCGAAGACACGAGAGUGAACGGUGGAGGGAUGACCCAGAUGUCAUACGGGCUCGCUUAAUUGCUGUCACCUUCGCCAGCCUGGUCAGCUGCACGAUGGUGUUCGGUGCUUUGUGGCAAGCCAUAGGCCCUGAGACCAUUGAGGUUACCCUACGAACCGCCCUCGUUCGCUUAGGUUUCUCGCUGCCGGCGUUUACACUCGACGCCCUCCUUCCGCACUUGAUCACACCGCUUCUCUUCCUCGGCCCUCUGUACGCUCUAUACCUGGACUUCUCUUCGCCGCUCUCCACGACUGGCUCAUUCAAAGAAGUGCUACUGUCCUGGCAGGGCGCCAGGAACUACGUCGUUGCCCCGAUCACGGAAGAGAUCGUGUUUCGCGCGUGCGUGCUCGCGGUGUACAACCUAUCGGGUGCAUCGAGGGCGAAGAUGAUAAUGCUUGCACCAUUAUCAUUCGGUGUUGCGCAUGCCCAUCACGCGUGGGACACGUUCAAUCGCUACGGGCGUACUCCCGCAGCCGCAAAACGCGCACUGCUCAUGACUCUGUUCCAGCUAUCCUACACGACGCUCUUCGGGUCGUUCGCUUCCUACCUGUUCUUGCGGACAGGUUCCAUCUGGCCCCCAAUAACGGCGCACAUAUUUUGCAACGUUAUGGGCAUACCCCAGCUCGGAUACGAGGUGUCCAAGUUCCCCCAGCAGAAGCGAUUUAUUUAUCUAGCCUAUGUGACUGGGAUCCUCGGCUUCGUGAUGAAGAUUGUGCCGUGGACGAAAACACCGGACAGUCUCUACUGGCAACCCCGAGGUCCCGCUGUGGCCUACUGA